CCGAGUGCGCGGCCAUUUUCUGGGUGUUGUUCCGUCUUCUUCUCUCCCUCCGGCGGCGCUCUGCGGUCUGCACCCCGAGCCCCGCUUCUACUCGUUCGCGUCUACUCCUUCUAUUCCACUCAUUCGCUUCGCUUCUACUCAUUCGCUUCUACUCCUUCUAUACCACUUCGCUUCUACUCCUUCGCUCCGGGGGGAGGCCAAGCGAUGGCGAUCUGAGCGGCGGCGCGUUGGCGGCUCGGACUUCGGCAUCGGCAGCGGCGGCACAAACAACGGCGAUGGCGAGGCGCCGUGCAGCACUCACAAAGGAGGCCAAGGCCUCGGGAGACGCCGCUGGGAGACGUGGCUUCAUCUUCAUCACACGACACCGCCCCAAGCUGAGAUUCGCAGCAAGAGACACCAGUUCAGAUGUCUCGGCUCCUGUCGUCUCUCAUCAUGGACGUGGACGACCGCCUGUUGCUGCUGCCUGGGCUGGAGGAGCAGCUGCCGGAGGCCGGGCCCGUGUGCCCCCUGCUCCCUGCUGAGGGAGCCGUAGGGGUAGCCCAGCCCCUACAGCCCCCUCGCUCCCCUGACCGCAGGGUGUGUGGCAGCGGUGACUUCCCCACCACCAAGCUGCUGGGAACGUGGGAGGAAGCCCGGCACGAUCCUUAUGAAACUCCAUUAUUGAGUCCGAUUGGGGGCAACUCACUGGUUGACACCAUUGACCUGGAGCUGCUUGUGGACGAGCUGAUGGGCGACUCGACGAACGGAAUUCUGUGCCUCGAUUCCCUGCUGGAACCUUCCUCGCUCCACGGGACAGAGUAUGUUGCCAUGGAGCUUGACCAUAUCAAAGAAGAGUCGCCCUUCGAUCUUGGAGAUUCUGCCCUGUUCUCCAGCAUCGAAGACACAGAACUCAUGGAGCUGUCUGACCUGGAUUUUCUGGAAUCCUCAUCGUUGAUCAGUUCCACCUCCCCCAUUGUUUCUUCUCACAACAAUAGCUGCAUUAUUCCCAGUACCAACACCGAUUCGGAUACAGUGAGUACCGUCGAGGUAGCAAGACAGAUUGAUAGUGACACCAAGGUAAACUUUGACAUCAAUAAUAGCCACAUUGAUGUUCCAGGGUGGAUGAGCAAGUCUGAUUUACAAUCACGGUUCCUAAAGUGUGGCACCGUGGUGGAGAGUGGCGUCGGCAAAAGCUACGACCACUGCAGCAGCAGCAGCGGCUAUAGCAGCGACACCUCUGAUCGGCCAGAUUCUCAGAUGAUACCUCUUGGCAGCAGUGUCAUUGGCAGUGACGAGGUCGUAGGCGAUGGCGCUGCAUUGCUGGGGCAGCAGCUGCCGACUGUAGCCGCCACGGCACUGUCUGGAGGGUGCGAGCGUCGACUGCGGAAGAAGCAGCAAAACCAGCGGGCAGCCGUACGCUACAGGCAGCGCAAGCGCACGGAGCACGAUACUUUGAAGGGGACGAUGAGUGGGGAACAGGCGCGGAACAGGCAACUCAGGGAGCGCGCAGACGCCAUCAGCAAGGAGCUGCUGUACUUGCGCGGGCUGUUGGAGGAGUUGUACGGCACCAGCCUCUCCAAGCAGAGUGCUUCGCUUGCUUGAUUACACCCCCAAGGGAACCUUGCGAUGGGAGCCACAGAGAGUGGUAGUGAAUAGGUUACGAUGAAAAGUAUCAUUGUGUCCAUUACUGCUAUUAUUUGGUGGAGCUGUCAAGGGCUUUGACCUGAUGUGUGGUAGAGGUGGAAGUUGUCAUUUGGCUGCCUUGCCAAAGGAUGAUGACAUUUUGGGAACCGUGAUAUAACGUUUAAAGUUAGUGGUUUAAUACUGUCUUUGGCCUCUUAAUCUUUUUUUGAACAAAUUAAGGUACAGUGCUGUGGGUAGUCCUAAUAAAGCAAACAAGUUAACAUUAA